GCUCAUGGUAAAAUGGCAGAAGCCAGAGUUGCAGUGGAUGUAAAUGAGUUCAGCUGUGCAAUCUGUCUGGAUCUACUAAAGGAUCCAGUGACUAUUCCCUGUGGACACAGUUACUGUAUGAGCUGCAUUAAGAGCUGCUGGGAUCAGGAGGAUCAUGCUGGAGUUUACAGCUGCCCCCAGUGCAGACAGACCUUCACACCCAGACCUGUUCUGGGCAGAAACACAAUACUGGCUGAAAUGGUGGAGAAACUGAAGAAGACUGGACUACAAGCAGCUACUCCUGCUGACCAGUAUGCUGAAGAGGUAGAAUGUGACAUCUGUACUGGGACAAAACACAAAGCUGUCAAGUCCUGCCUGGUGUGUCUGGCCUCCUACUGUGAAACUGACCUGCAGCUUCACAAUAAACUCCAUCACGAAAAACAACACAAGCUCAUUGAUGCCAUCAGCCAUCUGCAGGACAAGGUCUGUUCCCACCAUGACAAACCCCUGGAGAUCUACUGCCGUACCGACCAGCAGUGUGUCUGUUAUCUCUGUUUGAUGGAUGAACACAGAGGCCAUGAUACAGUCUCAGCUGCUGCAGGAAGGGCGGAGAUACAGAAACAAAUGGGUGAAACACAGAAGGAAUUUCAGCAGAGAAUUCAGAUGAGAGAGAAGGAGCUGCAGGAGCUGAGAGAGGCUGUGGGCUCAUUCACAAGCUCAGCACAGUCAGCAGUGGAGGACAGUGAGAGGAUCUUCACUGAGAUGAUCCGCUCCAUUGAGAGAAGACGCUCUGAGGUGACAAAGCUGAUCAGAGAUCAGGAGAAGGCUGCAGUGAGUCAGGCUGAAGGGCACAUGGAGAGACUGAAACAGGAGAUUGAUGAACUGAAGAGGAGACACUCUGAGCUGGAGCAGUUUCCACACACAGAGGAUCACAUCCAUUUCCUCCAGAGGUGCCGGGGUCUUCCUGUCAUCCCUGAAGCCGGAUUUGGACCCAGAAUCUCUGUCAGUCCACACUAUUAUUUUGAAAAUGUGAAGCAGGUGGUUUCUGAACUGAAGGAUCAACUGGAGAAUGUUUGUGAAAAGAAAACGGCAGAGAUCCAUCAAACAGUUACCAAAGACGGCAUCUUACCAAUAUUAGUGCCCAGGACCAGAGCAGAAUUCUUACAAUAUUCCUGUCAGCUCACUCUGGAUCCCAACACAGCAAACAGACACAUCCAUCUGUCUGAGGGGAACAGAGUGGUGACAUGGAAGAGAGAGAAACAGUCAUAUCCUGAUCACCAGGAGAGGUUUGACUCAUUCUAUUAUGUGCUGUGUACAGAGGGUCUGACUGGGCACUGCUACUGGGAGGUUGAGUGGAGCGGGAAUGAGGUUGGUAUAGGUGUCACAUAUAAAGGGAUCAACAGGAAAGGAUGGGGUAAUUCCAGCAAGAUUGGAUACAAUGACAAGUCCUGGUGUUUGUACUGCUCAACCUCCAAUUUCUCAUUCCGGCACAAUAAUAAUAAGAAUGCGAUAGCUGGCCCCCCCUCCCCCAGGAUAGGAGUGUACCUGGAUCACAGGGCAGGAACUCUGUCCUUCUACAGCGUCUCUGACACAAUGACCCUCCUGCACAGGGUCCAGGCCACGUUCACUGAGCCCCUCUAUCCUGGGUUUCAGCUUCAUAAAAGUAAAGCAAAACUGUGCUAAGUAAGAAGAGAAACAUCUAUUUGAAUUUGGUGUAUUUAACCUUUUGUGUGAAAAGUGGAAAUAAUGAAUAUGAAAAUAAAUACAAUAAAAGUACAAUUUUUACUUCCUAUCAACUCUGAGGCCAAAACUAUCUCACUUCCUGCUGGUAUUCCUUCUAAUAAUUCUAUAUGUUACCUUGCUGUGGAUAUAUACACAACUAUAUUUAAGAAAGUUAAUGAUAACUUUGCAAAACUGCUCCAGAAGAUCAAUGGUGAUAUGCAACGAUGGAAUAUCCUACCUGUUUCCUUAAAAGGAAGGAUCUUUACUAUUAAGAUGAAUAUAUUGCCCUGGUCAAAUUUUUUAUUCUCUAUGAUACCAUCCUCCAAAAUUUCUUGAUCAAUUUCAAUCUUUGAUCUCUAAAUUUCUGUGGAAUGGCAAAAGGGCAAGAAUUAUAUCGACCACUUUGCAAUGUCCUAAGUUAGAGGGAGGGCUUUCCCUGGCAAAUUUAAAAUUUUAUCAUUGGGUUUUUCAAAUCCAUGCACUGCGUACAUGGACAAAUGUGAAUUCUAAAGGAUUUGUUGUAUAUUAAACAGAAACACAGGGAUAUAAGUGCCAAGCUAGGAAGGAUAAUAUCAUACUCCCUCUUGGUAUGGUGUAAAGUAGAGAAAAUUAUUGGCAAUAAGCCCCCCUAUCAUAAACUAUCCCCCCUUUGGAAUAACCCUCUUAUUAUAACUGAAGAUAAAGCUUUCAAAUAUGCUCCCUGAGCAUCCAGGGGUCUCAACACUUUAGAGAACAAUUAUGGUGACAAUGGUCUACUUCCCUUUCAAGAAUUGAAGCAAAUGCUUGACCUCCUGGGCUCUUAAUUUUUUCUUUAUUUACGAUUAUGAUCUUCAUUGAUGGCAAGGGGUUUGAAGUGCGAUGCACAAAUACAGACACAUCCACUGUCGGAGUGGUUCAGCAAUAGACAGUGCUCUCAGGGAUCGGUCACAAAAGUAUACAAUACCCUCAUACCUUCCCAAUGGCAAUCACUACCCAUCACAGGCACUUGGGACAGAGAACUCAACCAGAUUGGCAAAGAAUAUAUAAUCUACACAUCCCAGAAUUUGAUCCACCAGUUGACCAACUUUAACAUAAUCCACAGAUGUUAUGCCUAUAGAUUAUACAGAAUGGGUUUGCUUUCUAGUUCUAAUUGUACUUCAUGUUCAAACUCUGCUGUAGGAACGGUAUUGCAUAUGUUCUGGGAAUGAGACAAAGUUAAAAUGUUAUGGACUCGUGUGUGUAAUGUUAUGGGUAAGAUACUCUCGACUACGAUUAACCCAGAUCCAUGUCUGUGCUUGUUAAAUGAUGACACUGCCUUGAGUUUUAAAAUAAUAUACAGGAGAAUCCUUUUUUUGUGCCUUUAACACUAGUAUAAUAACGACAUAAAUAUAGUAAAGCGUUGGUUGAUCGAUGUAAGCAAUAUAUCCAACCUAGAGUACUCUACAGCUCAGUUUAACCGGGUGAAACCCGAAUCUGUAGCUGCUUGGAAGCAUUUAGUGUUUUAAGUUAACUGAGCUCCUUAGAGGCCAAUGAUGCAUGUUUGUAAUAUUUUCUCAUUCUUUCUCUUGUUUUCUUUUUUACCAUUCACCUAGUACCCAUUUUAUUGUUAUUUUUUAUCAUUUUUGUUGUUAUUAUUAUUAUUUCUAUUGAUUUCUGGGUAUAUAUAAUUUUUUAUAUCUAAAAAAUAUUUUUUUUAAUUUUUACAUAAUGUGACUUACAGCUGUUUUCCCCUUGCUUGGACUUCAGUUUGUUAGUGUGAUGACGAUCAAUGUUUGGGUGUUUCCAUUUUGUGUUCUUACUUUCUUUGUUGCAGAAUCUCUUAAUAAUAAAAUAAGUUAAUCACAAAAAAAAUUACUUAUCCAGAUUGAGCAUUUAUAUGUGGAAAUAACAAAACUUAUUACAAAAUAAAAAUCAAUAAUUUCCUAAAUUUUUUGUGAAAUUUCUGUGUAGUGACGCCAAAGCUUGCUCUCACUUGUGUAGGUGUCUGUGUGUAUUCCAUUAAAAUAAUACCAGGUUUAAUUAGCAAAUGUUUUUGUCAAAGAAUACUUCUUAUGCAGUCAUUUAUACUUUUUAUUGGUAUUAAAAUCAGUAUAAAUUCA